CUGAAAACAGACCCCAGAAGAAGCUGGAGAAGGAAAUAAGAGGGGCCCAGAAGGCAGAUGAGGGCACAGGGUGCUACCCUGUCGGAACAGGCUCCAGCCUCAGGCCCAGCAGUAGUCUCUGCCUGCCCCCAGGCCCUGUGCCGAAGAGAUGUCCCAGGGGCCUGGGGUUGUGGGGCUGCCUACGGCUCUGCUCCUUCUCUGCAUCCCAGGCUGCCUGACUCUGAGCUGCUCCAGCCCCGUGGCGGGUGCCGUGGGGGAAUCCCUGAGUGUGCAGUGUCGGUAUGAACAGAAAUACAAGACGUUUAAGAAAUACUGGUGCAGACAACCCUGCUUGCCACUUUGGCAUCAAAUUGUGGAGACCAGAGGGUCUGAUGGAGAGGUGAGGAGUGGCCGAGUGUCCAUCACAGACCAUUCUGGGAAUCUCACCUUCACUGUGACCAUGGAGAACCUCACGGCAGAUGAUGAGGGCAAAUACAGAUGUGGGAUCGCGACAAUCCUGAAGGAAGAGGGGCUCCAUGGCCUUCUCCCUGACCUCUUCUUCCAGGUUCAGGUGUUUGUUUCCUCAGCCUCCAGCAUUGAGAACUCUGCAAGGGCACCUGGGUCUCCCAGGAGCAGCAGACCUAGCCAGCGCCAAGGGUCCCUGCUCGGCAGCGUCCACUUCCUGCUUCUGGUCUUCCUGAAGGUGCCUGUCUUCCUGAGCAUGCUGGGUGCUGUCCUCUGGGUGAGCAGGCCCCAGAGGGCUCUGUGGACACAGUCGGCCUGACCAAGACAAGCUGAGCUCCCACACAUGUUGGCACCCUAACCACAGGCAUGGACCCUCAGACUGCACAGAAGGAAACCCUGACCCUGAACUUCAUACCCCUUUCCAUUUUAUUGACGGAUACUUUUUUAAAAACUUUAAAAUUAAGAAAAAAUACAUGAUCCUAUACACAAAGUAUGUAUAUAAUGUGUGUAUAUAUAUAUAUAUGCAGUUUAAGGACCAAAAAUAAACACAUGUAUCCACCAUUCAGCCUAAGAAGUGGAGC